UUUCUUCGCAAAUCUCCUACAAAGCGUUUGGGCUGCGUCGCUUCAGAAGGGGGUGAAGCAGCAAUUCAGCAUCACCCUUUCUUUAAGGAUAUUGAUUGGGUCAUUCUUGAGGAGCGUCGAAUCCGACCGCCGUUCAGACCUAAAGUUCGAUCUCGCAUUGACACCAGUAACUUCGACAAGGUGGGUAAAUCCUUUCUUAAUAUCAUUUAUAUUUGA